GGUGGUUGCGUUUAUUGCAUGAUGGGUUGCGUUUGUUGCAAGCCCUCAGCCAUUGACGACAGUAGGGAGAGUCCAAGGGAGCGAUUAUCAAAUAAGGCUUCGUUGGACUCCCGUGGAUCUAGGGCCACUUCGUCAAGGAGAGAGGAUGGAUAUCGAGUGAAGGAUAGAUGCGAUAGUACUGAUGGUCGAACUGCAUCCAUGGAUAAACAAGGAAAUGGCUCUGUGCGUUUACAAGUUGAUCAUUUUGAAAGGAAGAGGGAGAAACCAGAGUAUGUUAUUGCACAGCAUCCAGGACUUGGUAGCGUUCCAAAAGCCACAGAAGGGGAGCAGGUUGCAGCUGGGUGGCCUUCAUGGUUGGCAGCGGUGGCUGGAGAGGCUAUCAAGGGAUGGUUGCCACGACGAGCAGAUUCUUUUGAGAAGUUGGAUAAAAUUGGUCAGGGAACUUAUAGCAAUGUUUAUAGGGCUCGUGAUCUUGAGCAUAAGAAAAUUGUUGCUUUGAAAAAAGUGAGGUUCGAUAAUCUUGAACCUGAGAGUGUUCGUUUCAUGGCAAGGGAAAUUCACAUUCUUCGUAGGCUUGAUCAUCCAAAUGUUAUAAAACUGGAAGGUCUAGUUACAUCAAGGAUGUCUUGCAGCCUAUACCUUGUUUUUGAGUACAUGGAACAUGACUUGGCUGGGCUUGCUUCACAUCCUGGACUAAAGUUUACUGAAGCGCAGGUCAAAUGUUAUAUGCAGCAACUUCUACGUGGACUUGAUCACUGCCAUAGCUGUGGUGUACUGCACCGUGACAUUAAGGGAUCCAACCUUCUGAUUGACAACAAUGGAAUCUUGAAGAUUGCAGACUUUGGUUUGGCAAGCUUUUAUAAUCCCAAUCAAAUUCAGCCAUUGACUAGUCGAGUUGUCACGCUCUGGUAUCGUCCUCCAGAGCUUUUGCUUGGAGCAACUUACUAUGGCGCUGCAGUUGAUUUAUGGAGUACAGGCUGCAUACUUGCUGAGCUGUAUGCUGGAAAGCCUAUUAUGCCAGGAAGAACUGAGGUUGAACAGUUACAUAAAAUUUUUAAACUUUGUGGCUCGCCUUCUGAGGAUUAUUGGAGGAAAUCAAAGCUACCUCAUGCAACAAUAUUUAAGCCCCAACAGCCCUACAGGCGGUGUGUUGGAGAAACAUUUAAGGAGUUUCCUGCGCCUGCAUUAGCACUUAUGGAAACCCUUUUAUCCAUAGAUCCUGCUGAUCGUGGAACAGCAGCAUCUGCUUUGAAGAGCGAGUUCUUCACCACAAAGCCCUUACCUUGUGAUCCUUCAAGUUUGCCCAAGUAUCCUCCGAGCAAGGAAUUUGAUGCCAAAGCACGGGAUGAAGAAGCUAGAAGACAAGGAGCUCUUGGAAGCAAGGGCCAUAGACAAGGGACAAGAGAGUCUCGGGCUGUCCCUGCUCCUGAUGCUAAUGCUGAACUGGUCCUAUCCAUGCAGAAGAGACAAGGUCAAUCCAACUCUAAGAGCCGUAGUGAGAAGUUUAACCCUCAUCCUGAAGAAGUUGCUUCAGGAUUUCCCAUCGAUCCCCCUAGGCCAUCACAGGCUGUGGAAGUAGGCAUAGAUCACCAGUUACAGCAACAUAAAAGAGCUUCCCAUUCAGGUCCACUUUGUAACCGCUCUGCAUGGACAAAAGCUGGGAAAAACCCUGACGAUGCCCCCAAGAUCUCAAAUGGGGGUGACUUGUCAGCAAUGUCUGGCUUAGUUGCAGCAAGAAGAAGCAUGUUAUCUGAUGAUCGUAGAGAAAGGUCUGGAUCAUCACACACAGAGGUUCCAAAACUAAUAAGCCGAUUCCCAGGAUCCAUGAAGGAGGCCUCUGAGUCAUUGAUGCAACAUGAACAGAAGCAUGCUGGAGUCCCUCCUCCAAAGGAAGAAGGGAGAGGCAGCAACAAGGACCCAAUUCCUGUUGGUUAUGGGUCAAAGGGCCAUAAAAUUCAUUAUUCUGGUCCAUUAUUAGUCCCUUCUAGCAACACGGAUCAGAUGUUGAAGGACCACGAUCGGCAAAUUCAAGAAGUUGUCAGAAGAGCGCGAUUGGACAAGGCGAAGAUGAGAAGACUUCAGGCUGAAGGGAACCAGAUGACAACCAAUUCAUUAUUUGUUUCUGGUCGCUGAGCUGUUGUGUAGAGCCUGAUGCAGCCAAAUGCAAAGCCAUCAUCUCUAACAAGAUCACUGCAAAAAAUUAUUUGGCUGGUGAUCUUUCUCUUGUGAAUCAAAUAUUCAUAUUUGAUUCUUUCUUUCUUUUACACUCUUGGCAUGUAUAAGGUAUAUCCCUCGCAGAAUCUGCCCAUGGUGGCCGGUGUUAGGUGACUCAAUAGCAUAGAGAAAAUCUUCUUUCCUCUUACAGCUGCAAUUUCUGAUAUAUGGCUGUUCUUGUAAAGCUUAUCAGCCUUGAGCUGUAGAAUUCUGAGAACAAUGGCUUCCUUAUGUUAUGAUUAUACAGUAACAUUCACUCACAA